UGGCAGGAGGGAAAUAAAUAAUAGAUUAAAAGAAAAAAGAAAGAAAAGAAAAAAGCUGCUGGUCUGUAACAUGAGCGACGGGGAUGGGCAGUGCCAGGGGACAUGAUACUCCACCGAUGUUUAAAGGACUAUUUCAGUGGUAAAAGGAAGAUUUACGGAACUGUUCCUCUCAGCCGCGGCGCACCGUCCUGCGAGGAGCGACCAUGUAAAUAACUACCAGAAAAACAAGACCACGUUGAGCGCCUGCAGCAGCAAUGUCCCAGCUGUAUUACAGGAAGUCCGACCACUGCUCCUACAGUGACCGCAUCCCGCUGCGGAUCGUGCGCGCAGAAGCCGAGCUGUCCGCGCUGGAGAGAGCCUACCUGGGCGCGGUGGAGAGGGGCGACUACGCGAGCGCGAAGCAAGCCCUGGAGGAGGCCGAGAUCUACUUCAGGAUCAACAUCAACUGCAUCGACUCCCUGGGGCGCACGGCCCUCCUCAUCGGCAUAGAAAACGAGAACCUGGAGAUCAUUGAGCUGCUGCUCAGCUAUAACGUGCAUGUGGGGGAUGCCCUGCUGCACGCCAUCCGCAAAGAGGUCGUGGGGGCCGUGGAGCUGCUGCUCAACCACAAGAAGCCACGGGGAGAGAAGCAGGUCCCACAGAUUCUACUGGACAAACAGUUUUCCGACUUUACCCCGGACAUCACUCCAAUCAUCCUCGCAGCCCACACUAACAACUAUGAGAUCAUCAAGCUGCUUCUGCAACGAGGUGUCUCCAUACCUCAGCCGCACGCUGUGCGUUGCAACUGCGUGGAGUGCAUGUCCAGCUCAGACGUGGACAGCCUGCGUCACUCGCGCUCUCGCCUCAACAUCUACAAGGCCCUGGCCAGCCCGUCUCUCAUCGCCCUCUCCAGUGAAGAUCCUUUCCUCACCGCUUUUCAACUCAGCUGGGAGCUGAAGGAGCUCAGCAGGGUGGAGAACGAGUUCAAGUCAGAGUAUGAGGAGCUUUCACAAAUGUGCAAACAAUUUGCAAAGGACCUCUUGGACCAGACCCGAAGCUCUAAAGAGCUGGAAAUAAUCCUCAACUACCGUGAUGACAUCAAUCCUCUCCUGGAUGAGAACGGCAAUGAUCUGGCCCGUCUGAGGCUGGCUAUUAAAUAUUGCCAGAAAGAGUUUGUCGCUCAGCCCAACUGCCAGCAGCUGUUGGCGUCUCGUUGGUAUGAUGAAUUUCCAGGCUGGAGGAGGCGUCACUGGGUGGGAAAGCUCAUCACCUGCGUCUUCAUCGGUUUCCUCUUCCCACUGUUAUCAAUCUUCUACAUGAUCUGUCCAAAGAGCUGCUAUGGCCUCUUCAUCCGUAAGCCCUUCAUCAAGUUCAUCUGUCACACUGCAUCCUACCUGACCUUCCUCUUCCUGCUGUUCCUGGCCUCACAGCACAUUGACUCUGAAAACCCAGAGUGUCGGGCCCAGGACUGUCCGGGUCCAGAACCCACUACCGUGGAAUGGAUGAUCCUGCCGUGGGUGAUCGGCUUUAUAUGGACUGAGAUCAAACAGAUGUGGGAUAGUGGUUUGGAGGAUUACCUGGACGACUGGUGGAACAUAAUGGACUUCAUAAUGAACUCCUUGUAUCUUGCAACCAUCUCUCUGAAGAUUGUUGCAUAUAUAAAGUACAGCGGUUGCAAACCCAGAGACAGCUGGGAAAUGUGGCACCCAACUUUGGUGGCAGAGGCAUUGUUUGCCAUCGCCAACAUCUUCAGCUCCCUGCGCCUCAUCUCUCUCUUCACUGCUAAUUCCCACCUGGGACCUUUACAGAUUUCACUGGGCCGGAUGCUUCUGGAUAUCCUCAAAUUCCUCUUCAUUUACUGCCUGGUCCUACUUGCCUUUGCCAACGGCCUUAACCAGCUCUACUUUUAUUACGCAACGAGCGGCGAAAGUAACUGCAAGGGUAUCCGCUGUACUCAACAAAACAACGCUUUUUCAACGUUGUUUGAAACACUGCAGUCAUUAUUCUGGUCUAUAUUUGGCCUGAUUUCUCUCUAUGUGACUAAUGUGAAGCCACGGCACGUAUUCACAGAGUUUGUGGGUGCUACCAUGUUCGGCACUUAUAAUAUCAUCUCCUUGGUGGUGCUACUAAACAUGCUAAUUGCAAUGAUGAACAACUCCUACCAGCACAUUGCUGAUCAUGCGGAUAUAGAAUGGAAAUUUGCACGAACAAAAUUAUGGAUGAGCUAUUUUGAAGAAGGGACAACUUUACCACCUCCAUUCAAUAUAAUACCCAGCCCCAAAUCGGUUUAUUACCUGUGUGGAUGGAUAAAGAUGCACUUUUGUAAAAGGCCGGGCAAAAAAACCUUUGAAACCUUUGAGACUUUGGGGAUACGAGCAGCAGAAAAUGUUCGAUCGAGCCACGAGUACCAGGAUGUCUUGAAAAGCCUUGUGAAGCGUUACGUGGCUGCAAUGAUCAGAGAUGCCAAGACAGAGGAAGGCUUGACGGAGGAAAAUUUCAAGGAGUUAAAGCAGGAUAUCUCCAGCUUCCGCUAUGAAGUUCUGGGAAUGAUGAAGGGCAAACCUCAGUGUGGGCUAUCAGGUCCAGUUGCGAGCUCCAGUUUGGCUUACCCUGGAAACUCAUUCAAAUAUUGUCCCCAGGUGUCCACUGAUGAGCCUCAGCAAAAGCCAAACAUGUUGAAAGUGGUCAACACCUACGUGCAAAGCAAAACUGCCAGCAGCGCCAGCUCUGCUUGCCCUAAUAAGUCAACCAAUGGUUCCGUUUUUUCAAACGCUGAAUCCUUUCCGCGACAGAGGAAACUCUCCUGUCAGAAAACUGAUGGGACAAACUCAGAGGAGGACGUGUUAGAGUCUGAUGGACAGAACCAAGAUGAAUGUCAGACUGGCAAAGUAAAGGUGGAGGUGUCACAGACGGUAGACAUGGACAUCCGGGAUACGGAGCUCUCUUGUACCGUUCAUUGUAAGACGGUAAAAAAUGGGCCAAAAACAUAUAAAAACGAAUCUGUCAUCAAGUAAUAUGUCAACAUUUCUACAGAGACAUAUUGGUUGCACUGUGUUAAUUAUUCUAUGAAUCCUGAAGUAUUUAUUUAACACAAGCUGAGUCUCAAUAAAUGGAAUGGCAGUUAAUCUACUUACCGUAUUAUUUCAAAAUGAUGUUGCAUCCUAUCAAUUAGCCUAUAUAAUGGAACAAUAACAUUAUUGUAUGACCACUUUAUUAGGUAUAUCUGUGCAAUUGCUGGAAACACAAAUAGGUCAUCAGCCAUGGCAACGCCUCACUGCAUUCAGGCACAGACAUGUUCAAGAAGACUUACUGAAGUUCAAACUGGGAGACAGAAGGGGGAGGAAAGGGGAUUUAAGAGACCUUGAGCAUGGGAUUAUUGUCGGUGCCAAACAGGCAGUAUUUUACACACUCCUGAUUGACUGGGAUUUUCCCACACAACCAUCCCAAGAGCUUACAGAGAAGUCUGAAAAAGAGAAACCAUAACAGGGAGCAGCCGUCGCCUGGAUGAAAAUGCCUUGUUGAUGUCAGAGGUCAGAAGAGAAUUGGCAGCCUGAUUGGGAUUGAUAAAAAGACAACAGUAGAAGAAGACCGUAGUAUCCGAAGACCACACCGGAUCCCACUCCUGUCAAAUUACAACUGGGACACAAUUCACACUGGCUCACCAAAAUUGGACAAUUGAUGAUUUAAAUAUGUUGCUUGUACUGAGGAGUCUCCGUUUCAGAUGCAAUGUUCAGAUGGUACAAUCAGAGUUUGGCAUAAGCAUCAUAAAAAGAGGCUAUCCUGCCUUGUGUCAACCGCUGAGGCUGCUGGUGGUGUAAUGGUGUGGUGGAUAUCUUCUUGGCACUUUGGACCCAUUAGUACCAAUUGAGGAUUAUUUCAAAGCCACAGCCUUCUUGAGUAUUGUUGCUGGCCAUGUCCAACCCUUUAUGACCACAGCGUACCCAUCUUCUAAUGUCUACUUCCUGCAGGAUAAUGCACCAUGUCAUAAAGCUGAAAUCAUGUCAAACUGGAUUUUGGAACAUGACAGUGAGCUGGAUGUCCUCCAGUGACCUCCACAGUCACCAGAUCUCAACAUAGCACCUUUGGGAUGUGGUGGAACGGGAGGCUCACAUCAUGGAUGUGCAGCUGACAAACCUGCAGAAACUGAUGACACUUAAAUGUCAGCGUUGACCAAAAAUCGCUGAGGAAUGUUCUCAACACCUUGUUGAAUCUAUGCCACGGAGAAUGAAGGCGGUUCCGACCCGGUACUAGCACAGGUUACCUAAUGAAGUGGCUGGUGAAUGUAUACAGCUUUACAUUGAGGGUGAGGAUAUAGUACUCACUUGGUGCUCAGGGAAUUGUGAAACAGGUUUUAGUCAUUUUUUUAAAUUGUAUUUAUUUAUUUAUUUAUUUUACCUUGAGCAAUUACUUCCAAAGAGAAUCUGACACCUGCUGCCUUUCCUAUGCUCCUCCUCAGUGACUUGUCCUCUUCCCGUGAUAUGCAAAAAUAAUGUAUCUUUAGUCUCUGCCUACAGAAAUCUUACUACUCUUAUAAUAACAAUAGUAUUUGUGUGUUAUACUAUAAACACAUCCUUUGUAUUUAUCGACUGAGCUGAACUGAUGUCUUAUUUGUACCUACUAUUUAGUUGUUUAAUGAGGGAUGCAAUACUUAACUAAUCAAUACAAAUUUGCUUUUACUUGUCAUUUACCUUUCCAACAUGCUCCAGGUGAGAGGGACGUUUUCAAUCUUGAUUUUGAGAAUAGCAGACUUACCACACAAUCAGAGGUGGGUUUGUUGUAGGCUUAACUUCAAUAUCAGUUACUGUAUUAUGCAGCAUCAUGGGACUUUUAGAAAUAUUUCACUACUCUACCACUUACAACAUGUACCUACUUAAAGCAGCACAAAAGACCUUCUUUCAUGUUAGAAUAAGUUGACUUUCAUAAGAUAAGAUAAGAUAAGAUAAGAUAAGAUAAGAUAAUCCUUUAUUACUCCCUCAAUGGGGAAACUCACAUGUUAGCAGCAGUACACUUACAUGUAACACACGCAUGCAGGGAAGGGGGUAAAAAAGAAAAAAUAUAUAUAUAAUUACAAGAUAUAGACAGAAGGGAUAGUCUUUUGUCUGCAAAAAGCAGCCAAAGUAAGUUUUGCUCCUGUCCUGGUUGCCUAUUGCAGCAACUUUGUAACACUGUCACACAUGGAGAACGAUGACUUUAGCCCACAGAGCUACAACAGACAUCGUGUGAGAGGUGAUUAAGAGACACAAGAAAGAAAUGACGAAAUAGAAAAUAAGAGUGACACUAAGACCCCCAAGCAAAAGUAAUCCUGGACUUAACUUCAGCAAUUAUAGAGCGACCCAAAGAGCUAAACAAGGACAAAGGUCCCUUUGUGCUGCUUUAAAGUUAAACUUGGAAGUCAAAGUGUCACUUCCAAGGUUUGUGAAUGUUACUCAGUAUUGUAUUGUUGACAAAGGUUUCCCGAAUGUAUCCUUUGAACAUGUAUUGAUAUGAGCAUUUGACAGGUCUGAAAUCCCUUCAGAUUCCUUUAAUCAUUUAAUGAUUUAUUAAUAUGGCAUAUUUCACUGCCUCAUUACUAGGCCUAAAUUUCCCCUGUUUGAAGUGUUGCAGGCCUGAAAUACAGAAAUAAAUGUGUAUUAUCAAAUGAAAUAAAGUUGAUGAGAGACUCAUACCAU